AUGACGACGCAGGCUCACCGCACAUCGCGGCAGGGGCCCUUGGCGCCCGCCCAAAAUAUUAAAGAAAGCAGCUCCCAUCGUACGAUCGUCAGCCCAGCCAUCCUCAGCAAUGGUCGGACACGGUACGUCGAUCCCGAUGCCGAGUCGGCUUCGGGAGCACAUCGGGAAUACUACCUACGCAUUCGGUGUGCCGAAUGGGUCUCUGGUGGGUCCCCGGGCUUCUAG